AAAUUUUACCAACUCAGACGGUACCGUUUUGACAGAAUAAACACGACUAUAGCCUUGUCUUGGCAAUACAGUUGCCCUUUUCUUUAGAAUUUGAGGUUUAAAUUGAAUGUCGUGUUCGUGGUAUUAAAACCGAAAGGGAUUAUCUGCAUGGUUGAAACUGCGGGGUGGAGAUUGUUUAUUUGGAAGAGGUCCCUGUUUUCAGGUGUGAGAAAGAACUGAGCUGGGACUGGAGAUCCCUGCAUGACUAACAUGACUCUCUUCAUUGACUGAGUGUGACCUCAUAAAGAGAGCAGUUCUUUUUGGGAUCCACUAUGAUGAUGCAAAAGCGGCCGGCCCGCACAUCACCGGGCAGUGUGUGUUCCCUGCGGGGGCCGGCUGUACCAGGGUCACCAGCAGUCACCAUUGUGGUGAGUCCAACUAAAAUGGACAAACAGGUGAUUGGUUAUAAGGACUUGGCAGCCAUUCCCAAAGAUAAAGCCAUCCUGGACAUCGAACGACCUGACCUUAUGAUGUAUGAACCUCACUUCAAUUACACACCGCUGGAGAGAUCAGAGUUACUGCCCACCAGAGAGAAGUCGAUGUCUCCUCGCUCCAUUUCUCCUCCUCCGUCUCCCGAGAACCGUCUGUCCAAGGAGCCCAGAGAGUGGCUGGAACAGAAGUCGUCUGGUAGCUCUUCCCCGGCGUCCAGCCUGCAUCUCAGUAAAAGCACUAGCCUGACAUCCAAGCCCCCUUAUCAGCAGCAGCAUUUCCACAGACCCGACAAUGACGCCAAUAUAUACAAGAAGCCGCCAAUUUAUAAACAAGAUGGGUCAGCACCUGGUCCUCAGAGUAAACACAUUGAGGAUUUGAUUAUCGAAUCAUCGAAGUUUCCUGCCGCUCAGCCACCUGACCCAAACCAGCCCUCAAAGAUAGAAACAGACUACUGGCCUUGUCCUCCAUCACUCGCUGUCAUAGAGACUGAGUGGAGGAAGAGGAGGGCCCAGGGAGGAAAGGAUGAAGACGAUGAAGAGUAUGAUGACGGUGAUCUCACAGACGACAUGUGGAGACUGAGGCAGCUACAGAAACAGGAGCUGAAUAAGAUCCAGUCUAAUCUGGGUAAGUUGAUCCUAAAGGAAGAGAUUGAGAGAGCUGCUCCGGUCCGCAGGAAAACUCGCUCUCUACCUGACAGGACUCCUUUACACCUGGGGUCCAAAUCUCCCUCGUUCCCAUCAUACAUGAAGACUGGCCUGACAAGACUGCAGUCUGCAGAGUUCUCCUCCUCCUGCAGUGAGAAGGGGAGUCAAAGUUUCCAGAACGGGGAGGCAGACAGAGGAAGAAUGGACAGAGGGAAUUCACUCCCCAGUAUGUUGGAACAAAAGAUCUAUCCCUACGAGAUGCUGAUGGUGACCAACAGAGGGAGAAAUAAACUCCCCCCGGGGGUGGACAGAAUGAGACUGGAGAGGCACCUGGCGCCCGAGGACUUCCAGAAUCUCUUCGGAAUGUCCAUUGAGGAAUUCGACCGUCUGUCUCUUUGGAAGCGGAAUGAACUGAAGAAGAGAGUCUCCCUCUUCUAGCACCCGAGAGACAAAUUCCUCGAAAGGAAAUUCUCACCUUUACCCCCACCCCAGAACAAACACACACACACACACACACACACACACACACUACACUUCCACUGGGAGAACUAGACCGGUAGAGACUCUAACGUACCGAAUGUGGAACAUGGAGUGAGAGAUGG